UGCUCAUGGCUUUUCCAGAAGAGCCUUUGGAACUCUGUGCAUCUAGUUAAAAGCCAAUUCAAGAAAAAUCUGAACUAGUCUCCCUCUCCGGCUCUUUUCUGUUUAAUUAGAUCCUCCUUAAUUCUGAAUUACUCUCUCUCUCGCUUUAUUGUAUCCUCCUUAAUUUUGAACCAGUCUGUCUUUCUCGCUAUACACAAUUAAUCUCUCUGCAACUACUACUCCUGGAUCUGAAAACUAGAGGUUAUGGAUAUGCCUUUUUCUUCUUCUUCGUCGUCGUCAUCCGCUGCCGCUCCUGCUGAUGAUACAAAAAAGUAAUUGUUUUGGAUAUAUUAUUCUGAAGGUGAAGUUUUCUUAUUUUGAAGGUGGAGAAAACAAACAAGCCAUUGUCAAAUUGGUAACCAAGCCAUUGUCUUUCUGAGGUUAGUCAGUGUUUAAUGUUUAUUGAUACUGUUUAAGGCUCUAUCUAUAUUUUUUGUCAUUUCUUUUUAAUUAAUAAGUUUAGUUGUUAUGUUAUGCUGGCAUUUCAUUUGCUAAUUAAUUUUUGUUAUGUCUGCUGUUAAUUUCUUCGCUGGUGACCUGUCACCGGAUGUCACUUUGUUUUGUUCGCAUCUUGAUCAAUUGUCUUCCUUUACAUGCUGUGAUGACAUUGUUCAUAUUAAGACUGCAAAUAUAUGAAUAUCUUUCUUUAAAUUAUAGGAUUUUUUUAAUAAAAUAUGUGCGUAUCAUGUGCCCCAUUUUCCACCAUCUUUCAUAUCUCACUCGUUGAUUUUCGAGCCUUUGAAACUUUGUGCAGGUAGCCAAAAGCCAAUUCAAGGUAAUAUAUAUUGCUACCGCCUCUUCUUCCAAAUGGACAUGUAGUCAUUAUACAUGCAUUUUGUAACAUAUUUAGGAAACUGUGAAAGCAAAGUAUAAUUGUUAGGACAAUAUUUGUGUAGUCACUUCUUAAUUUUGUCCAAUGAUAAAUUAACACGUUUUAUUCUUGUAUAAUAUAAUGUAUAUGUCAAUAAUUUUUCUUGGGCUAUUAAAAAAAAAAAAAAACACGUGUCAAUUGGGUGAGUACAUAAAAUACUCACUAGUGAGUACUUCAGUAUUAUUCAAAUUGUUUUUGUAUGACACAUCAGUUCAGUUAAUUGCAUCCGCUAUGUUUCUUCCAUGAACAUGAAUUACAUCUGAGGACAGAGUCUGAGGUCUAAUUCCCCUCCACCAAUAUUGUUUGUAUAAAAACCAUACAAACCAUUUCGACAAAUAUUUUUUGCCCUCCAUGAAGCGUUUGUAACUUUGUGAAAGCGUUGGUUAGUUUAGCCUUAUCAAUUAUCAAAUAUUUUUUAAGUAUGUGAAAGUGACUAAUCCUUGUCUCUCCAUAUUUUCAAUUUUUGUCCUCCUGAAGCGUUUGUAACUUUGUGCACCUACCUAAUAGAGAGAUGGAGUUGAUUGCCUUCAUUCAAGCUUUCAACAUCAUCGUCAUCGCCAUCGGGACUCUGUUCUAUAUGUGCUGCAGAUCAUUUUCUUCUUCGUCUCCUGCAGCUGAUUCUGAUGUAGCUGAUUCUGCUGCUGAUUCUACUGCUGUUAAGGAUGAUGACGACGCUGAUAACCCCCCACGUCGAGAAAAGUAUGAUGUGUUUAUCAGUUUCAGAGGUGGGGACACCCGCCUUGGUAUUACCAGCCAUCUUCAUGCUGCCUUACUUCAGAAGAAAUUUGAAACCUACAUCGAUAAUAGACUUCAGAGAGGAGAAGAAAUCGGACCUGCCCUUCUAGAAGCAAUUGAGAAAUCCACCAUUUCGGUGAUCAUUUUCUCACAAAACUAUGCUUCUUCCACAUGGUGUUUGGAUGAGCUUGUGCAUAUACUAAAAUGCAACAACAGAGAAGGCCGGAUGGUUAUACCCGUAUUCUACGACAUCGAUCCAUCUGAUGUACGAAAACAACACGGGAGUUAUGCAGAUGCAUUUGCUCAACUAGAAAAACGAUUCGCUAACAGUAUCGACAAGGUGCACAAGUGGAGGGAUGCUUUGACGACUGCAGCCAAUCUAUCUGGGUUUGAUCAUUCAAACAAAUCCGGGACGGAGGCAGAUCUAGUAAAGAAUGUUGUCCAUUGUAUUUGCACCAAAUUGAUUGGUGAAUCAUCAUGUAAUUUAGAGGGCCUGUUUGGAAUUGAAAGCCGCAUCAAGCAAAUUGAAAAGCUAUUGGGCAUUCAUUCACAAGACGCUUGCAUCACUGUAGGUAUUUGGGGAAUGGGUGGUGUUGGCAAGACCACCCUUGCUGAAACUCUGUUUCGCAAACUCUCUUCUAAAUUCGAUGCUUCUUGUUUUCUUAAGAAUGUUAGGGAGAACUCAGAAAAACCAGAUGGACUAGAUCACUUGGUAAAAACACUUUUUAAGGAGAUAUUAAAGGAAGAAGUUUCUUUGCCCGUAGAAUCAACUUUUCAAGAAAGGCUCAGGCGUACAAAGGUCCUCAUUGUUCUUGAUGAUGUGAGUGAUUCUAUGCAAUUGGAACGUUUAGCUGGCAGUCCUCUCCGGUUUGGCACCGGAAGUAGAAUCAUUAUCACAACUAGAGAUAGGGGCAAACUUGGGCAAACUGUUCAAGAGGAUAAUAUCUACAAGGUUGACGGAUUACAACCGGAUGACGCUCUUCAGCUCUUCUGUUCACGUGCUUUCAAGAAUAACAGUACUCGUAGAACAGAUUAUAAGGAGUCGGCAGAAAAGGUUGUGCAUUAUGCCAGAGGCGUUCCUUUAGCUCUUACAGUUUUGGGGUCCUUGUUCUUCAAUUGCAAGAGCAAAGAAGAUUGGGAGGAUGAAUUCAACAAAUUGAAACGAUUUCCCAAUGUAGAUAUUCAGAAAGUGUUGAGAAUAAGUUACGAUAGAUUGGGAGAAAAUGAGAAGGAGAUAUUGCUGGAUAUAGCAUGUUUUCAUAAAGGGAAGUCUGUGGUUAAGGUGAAACAAAUGUUAGAUGUUCGUGGAUUCUUUGCGCCAUCUGGAAUUAGAAUUCUCAUUGAGAUGUCUCUCAUAUCAAUUGAUUCAAAAGGGAGAAUGGAAACCAUAGAGAUGCACGAUUUGCUACAAGAAAUGGGAAGGAAAAUUGUUCAAGAACAAGGUAUUAAAGAUCCCGGUAAACGGAGUAGGUUGUUCAAUGAUGAGGAUGUCUAUCGUGUAUUGAGGAGUAACACGGAAACUCCAAAUGUUGAAGCUAUAGAGGUUGAUUGGAAUAAUCUUCAAGAGCGACCGUUGAAACGUGCAGACUUCAAAAAGAUGUCUAACCUAAUAAUGCUAAUUGUGAAUGGUUGCUACAAAUUGACCACUUCUUUAGACCUUCCCGAUUCUCUUUGUUAUCUUGAGUGGUCGGGAUAUCCACUGGAUUCUUUGCCAUCAACUUUUUCUCCAGAAAAUCUAGUUGAGCUUCAUAUGCCAUAUAGCACAGUUGAGAAGGAGCUUUGGAAAGAAGAGCAGAUACUUGUCAACUUACAAGUGAUUGAUCUCCGGGGCUGUUCAAAUCUAACUGAAGUUCCAAAUCUCUCUAGAAGUCUAAAAAUUGUGGAGAUAAAUCUCGGGCACUGUCGAAGUUUGGUUGAAAUUCCUUCGUAUUUUCAACAUCUUGACAAGCUUACUCAUCUUGAUCUUGGAUUCUGCUACAGUCUCAAGUAUCUUCCAGAGAUGCCAGGAAAUAUUCAAUACUUAAAUUUAGAAGGCAGUGGUAUAAAGGAGUUGCCUGAAUCAGUUUGGUGUAACGAAAAUAUUUCUUACUUGAAUUUAAGGCAAUGCGAAGACCUUAAGAAACUUCCAAGCAGCAGGUGUAAGUUGAAAAAUCUCGAUCUCCAUAGGUGCUCUAAAUUUGAAAACUUUCCAGAGAUUUUGGAGCCAAUGGAACAUUUGAAGUCCUUAAGUUUAAGUCAAACAGCAGUUACAGAGCUACCCUCAUCAAUCUGUAAGUUGAAAAAUCUUGAGAAACUCGAUCUCUGUUCGUGCUCUAAAUUUGAAAACUUCCCAGAGAUUUUGGAGCCAAUGGAACAUUUGAAGUCCUUAAGUUUAAUUCAAACACCAGUUAGAGAGCUACCCUCAUCAAUCUGUAAGUUGAAAUAUCUUGAGAGUCUUUAUCUCACCAAUUGCUAUAGAUUUUCCAAAUUCCCUGAAAUCUUGAAGCCAAUGGAACAUUUGGUGUCUCUUUGUUUGGAAGAGACAGCUGUCGAAAUGCUUCCUUCGUCUAUUGGAAAUCUAAAUGGGCUUCAAGAUUUAAACCUUAGUCGCUGCUAUCUACUUAAGGAUGUCCCAACAAGUAUCUACAGUUUAACCAAUCUUAAACGUCUCAACUUUAAUGACUGUCGGAGACUUGAAAAAUUGCCUUCCUGCUCUGUUGGUUUUUUCUCUUUAGAAGAACUAGAUCUCAGCAACAGCGGUAUAUUGGAAAUACCAGCAAGCAUCAAACAAGCUUCUCGGUUGUCUAUACUCGACUUAAUCAACUGCAAGUGGCUUCAAUCUAUACCAGAGCUCCCAGUGCUAUGCAAUGUUAAAGCUUCAAACAGCACGUCGCUGAAGAUAGUGUCAAGUUCAAGGACAGCACUCGCACAAGGUUGGGAUAAACCUAAUUAUUGUUUCAAAGUUUUUACUAAUUGCCCAAAAUUGGAUAAUAAUUUAGGAAGCAACAUAAUGGAUGAAGCACAGAUUACAAUUAUGCGAAUGGCAACUGUUGCGCCAUUAGAGGACUAUUGGUUGCCUUGUAAUCCCUGGCCUCAGAUUAACAUUGCAUGUCCAGGAAAAGAAAUUCCAAAUUGGUUCAGCUAUCAAAAUGAGGGAUCUUUAGUAGACAUCGAGCUUUGUCCAGAAUGGUUUCGAACAGGUUUAUUUGGUUUCGCUCUCUCUGUUGUUCUUUCAGAGAUUGCAGAGGUGGGGUUUGGAACCUGGAGGGUAAGAGCUAAUUUCAUUGUCAAAUUCAUGGGUGAAAACCAUGAACUGUUCACUUCUGAAUACAACAGUUACAUCGACUUCAGUAACGGCCAACAUCACGUGCAUGUGUGGAAUGAGGCCUUUAGAAGUGAAGAGGUAGGAAAAAACUGCUCCCCUGAUGUUUACAAACUUGCCAAAGAGGCCUCUGUUAUCUUCUUCUGCCCGAGGAGAAUGAAGGUGGAAAGCUGUGGUAUAUGCCCAUUGUAUGCCGAAGAUGUUGAGAAAUUCAAAAUUGGUCAUGUGAUCAUGUCGAGGGGACCAAAAGUAGAAGAAACAAGACAAGAUGAUGAUUACAAAGGUGGUGGAUCAAGUGAUGAGUCUGAAGCAAAUGAAAGUGAUUAGGAAAAACUUUUUAAGGCAAAUUUGUACUUUGAUAGCUCACUUGUCUCACCAAGAAAUAAGACAACAACUAGGCAAGGCUUUUAUUAUUUUGGUAUUGUUUAUUCUUUAUACAUUAUAAAGCGCUAGUUAUGCACAAGUGUAUAAUAGCCUAUUUGUUAUCUUUAAAACUUGAUUUACCUUUAUAUCAUAAACAUAGACAUU